UGUGUUGUGAUCUGUUAUGAUUGGUGUUCAGAAUAUAAAAUAUCGUAAUAAUUUUCAACUAGUAUCGUCGAUUAAUUCUAAAUAAUUAUAGAAACAACGCGAUGGAAAUUUUAUUUAACAACGAUACGAGUUAUAAGUGCAAGAAACAAUUGCAGACAACAAUUCCAGUUUGUGUAGAAGAUGUGAUAUUAACACCAUUAACUUGUGGAUGUUUGAUAAAUGAAAUCUUAAAAUGCCUUUUGUAUCAAAAAGCUCAAAUCCCUUACCCAUACAGUUGGUUGCAAAGUGCAAUAAACAAAAAGAGGAAUAGUGCCAGUUUCACUGUACAGAAACACCACCAAGUGGCUUCUGAUGUCUUUAAUACAUUGCAAAAGAUGAUGGUGAAUAUAUUGAAGGAACUUGAGACAAAUUUAGUCCUAGAAAUUUUAAUUGUAUUUGGUGCACUGCCGUUUACACCAAAGGAAAUCUAUACCAUAAAAAUUCCAAAACUGGCUAAAGGCCACAAUGAAGCCAAUCAUCAAGCACUCAUUAAAAAACAUCAAAAUAAAAUUCUAAGGCACAUCUUCUUAAAGGAAGACUGGUUGACUGCAGUUGAGAAUCCACUUCCACUGACAAACACAUACUUAUUUCUGAAGAAGAAUGAAAGCUGCAGUGAUUUGUUUGACAUUAACAAAGAUUAUGAAGUUCCUUCCAAUAUCAAAAACACAAUAAUUGACUUAUCUUAUAGCAAUCUUAAUGAUGAAUGCUGCAACAAUCUUAAAAUUUAUACAGAGAACUCUGAAAUGUCUGAAAGUUUUAAAAUUGAAAAACAUGAAAGUGUUGAUGAUGAAGUAUUUAAUUGGUAUCAGGCAAACAUAUCACUAAAAGGUUACAAAGACUGUUUUAUCAACAAAACUUCUGCAUCAGAACUAUGGUGAAAUGUGAUAGAUUUUUACCCUAAUUUUAGUAUAGUAAUUGUUUAUUUUAAUAAUACAUGAUCAAAAUGCUCAAUGAAAAUCAUUUAAAUAAAA